GUCCAAGUUCAAACGGAGGUAAGUGAAGAAGAAAGCAAACUGAGAACGAUGAGGUGUGCCGGGAAAGGACUCGGGACUCGGUGCACUGGCCCACCAACACGGCGGUGCGGUCGUUGUGAAGCCGUUGCUUAUUGCUCUGUAUCUCAUCAGAUUUUGCAUUGGCGUGAUCAUAAAGAAGAGUGCGAAAGGUUAGAAGAACAGAUGGUGCAGAUAGAUAUCUUGAACGAGUUUCCUUUCACUUUUUCUGAAGAAGCUACAGUUCAGGUUUGUGAAAAGCAGGAGACAAGGUGUUCAUUCUUGAGAAAAAGAGGGGUCCAUCAAAUGGGAAUGUGGUUGUAUGAAUGUUGUUGCGGGGAACCAGUUAUGUCCUUUGAUCGUUCAAGGUUAAAUAACGCUUGGGAUCUCUCAAACACCCUCUGCCCAUGUAAUGAACCUAUAUUCAUGCUUUCAAAGCAUUUAACCAGUUGGAAGGAGUACUAUGAGUGGAGAUCCAUCCCACUGUAUUCACCUGUUGCUUUGCUUCUUCACUGGCCUCUUACAAUUUACUAUGCCACUCAAGUAGCUGGUUCAGGAAGCUGGAGACCUGGAAUCAAUGGCAAAUUGCACAUACACUAUCUUGGCCCUGAGAAAGAGCUUCUUCAGCUUUCUGUCUUCUCGGAGCUGCAUGCACUUUUCCCUAACAUGGAUGUGCAUAUAGAUCUUAUUGGACCUUCAAUUCCACAAGAUAGGGAUGGUGAGAGGAUCGAGCUCUGCAAUUAUGCUCAUUGCCUUGAUAGAGAUUGCGUUUGUAAAUCCUCAAUUGAGAGUGAUGUACAUACUAAUGAAACUUCAGCUGUUACAUUGCAACUUAGGAGGGGACUUUAUCAUGAACGUUACACAGAUAUAGCUAAGGAUUCAUCUCCUCAUAUAGUAAUUGCUCCAAAUGCCGGCAUUGCUGCUUAUUCAAGCUGGUUACCAACAAUUGAGCUGAUAAAGGAUAUGAAUAUACCAUCAGUUUUUUCCGAUUACUGUGAAGAAGCUUGUCAUCUUGGAGCUCGUUGCAUUAGCAGUGUCACUGGCUGUCCUCUAAACAUUCCGAUUCAAUUAAAUCCAUUCAGGCAACCGAUGGUGGUAGAAAACAGUGCUCUCGUCAUCCCUUGCUACUCGAAUUGCUUCCUCUACGGAAUGUCAAAGUGGUCUGCCUAAAACUACACACAUCUUUUUGAAGAUCAUUUGCUUUUUUCAAAUGCGUCGCUGCAUUUCUUGCUCAAAACAUUGCAGAAUUGAAAUUGUUGCGGCAUCAAUUUCAUGGCCACAGAGACACAGACUCACUAUUGAUCGACAUGGACUACAUAUUCAGUCCCUGAUGUAUAUACUAUUUAGCUCCUUUUGAGGUUUGCAAUUGGAAGCCAACCGAGUUGCUGAUGUAAUAAAAUGCCAAGUAUCUACCGUGC